UCUGUCAACACAACCUCGAGCAGUCGAACCCUAAAAUCCCAUCUCCUUCCCGUUUCCUUCUUGUUGGUGUAGGAGUAGCUGUAAUUCUUGACCAUUAAUUACAACCAUAAUGUAUGUCUCCACAGCUAAAUCAAAGGUGGAUAGACGGACGGCUUAUUGGACGCGAUGUAUCCAAGAAUCGCACGUCCCUUUCGGCCAUUAAUAUUUGCUUUUAAAGUGCAAGAAUUACUAUCCUAAAUCUCUAAUCGAAGCAACGCGAGUCAGUCCACUGUUUCGUCAAACGUACAACUCUCUCUGAUGUCCUGAUACACAACUCUGUGUGUGCUUUCACACCGACUCCAUCAGCCUUCCUUUUCUGAUUAAAGUAUUUCUCCUGCCCUUUUUCACAUAAAUAUAGUUUCUCAUGACAUUAGACACCAGCCCUUUUGGCCACUUCUCAAGAUUCUGCAUUUAAUUAUUACUGCUAAGUGUGAACAGGAAUCAUCGAAAAAGUGUGAGGAAAAAGGUAAAAGGGUAACAACUGAAGUACUUUUGAUCAAUGUUUUGUGAGUUUUUAGCCAAUCAGAGGUGCUGAAAAUGGUUUGAGAUUGGGAGAAUGAUGGAAGCAAUUUGCCCCCCCACAUUUGUCCUUUAAUUGAUCGUCAUGAAGAGAAAUUCAGGUGCCUAUACCAGCCCUGGAACGCCAGAGUAUGGUGUUAACAAUCGGGGGGAAAUACCUAAAUCUUGGCAUUCAGAGCGAGUACCGUUGCCAACUUGUAGGAGGCAUAUUAGUACUGCUGCUUUGAUGCCCUUUAAUAGUGGAAGAGCUUUGCCUUCCAAAUGGGACGAUGCAGAGAGAUGGAUUACUAGCCCGAUUUCAGCUCAUUCUUCUGCCAAGUCUUCGGCUUCUCAACCUCAGAGACGCCCCAAAUCCAAGAGUGGGCCUCUGGGGCCUCCAGGGUUUGUGUACUUAUCCAACUUUUCGCCUACGCUUGAAGGUGGGACUAUGAGGAGUUUCAUGGGAAAUUCACCGCUCGCAACAGGUGUGUUGGCCCCUGAUGGUUUAUCCAUUCAUUAUGAUGCUGCAAAAUCUAAUUCUUCAUGUGCUAAGGAUAACAUAACAAGGAGCACCAGCGUGCCCGGCAUGUCGGAUUUGCUCGAUGAAACCGCCAUGCCAAGUUCUCAAGAUGAUAAACUUGACGGCUCCAAGGAGGAAGAAGCCGUCGUUUACCGCAGGGACAUGGCAACUCAAAUGAGCCCUGAAGGGAGCACUCAUUCAUCUUCCAAAGGAAGGUUGUCAUUUUCCACUUUACCUUCGUCAGUUCCUGCUUUGUUUCGUCCACACAGCAAUCAUGCCGCUAAAGAUGAAAUCAGAGAUGUCCAAGUAGACAAAGGCACCACUACGGCCAGACAGUUCAAGAAACAAGGAACAAAAAAGAUGAAGAAGGAUUCGACUAAUGUUGACGACUUGCCUUUACCUUGGAACGGUUCUGAGGCGUCAAAAAACGCAUCAAGGUUGCAAAGAGAGGAAGCCAAGAUCACUGCUUGGGAGAACUUGCAGAAGGCGAAAGCUGAGGCAGCAAUUCGGAAACUUGAGAUGAAACUAGAGAAGGAGAGAUCAGCGUCCAUGGACAAAAUUUUGAACAAGCUUAGAGCUGCGGAGAUGAAAGCCCGAGCCAUGAGAGACUCACUGUCUGAAAAUCAGCAAACCCCAGCUCGUAGAACCUCUUACAUGGGAUUUUCUUGCUGUAUAUAUGUCAAGGCGUAUCAUCUCAGUAAUUGCUUUCUUGCCCGUCGGAAAUAGUUCUUUACUGAUUCUUUUGAGGUACACUAUCCAGUGAAAAUGUUAUGGCCUUGUCUUAACUUGUUCA